CAACGCUGGGCUCCUUCCAUCAACAACACACGCUCCCACAUCACUCACCAUGUCGUGGAGAAACCAGGGCAUCACAGGAUCGAACAACAUACCGUUGGGCAGCCGGCGCCGCUUCAACGCAGAAGAUGAGGUUGACGGUGUGCCAAAUGGCGACUCUGACCUCAAGCGUGGCCGAAGUCCUGAGCCUCGUGCCGAGAGCGAUGAACCACGUCGGCGAAAGAAGAGAAAUCGAUGGGGCGAUGCUGCUGAAAACAAGGCUGCUGGCCUGAUGGGCCUGCCGACGGCUAUAUCUGCCAACAUGACCAGUGAACAGCUCGAGGCGUACACGUUGCAUCUACGAAUUGAGGAGAUUAGCCAGAAGCUUCGCAUCGACGAUGUCGUCCCAGCUGAUGGAGACAGGUCCCCCUCACCUCCACCCCAGUACGACAACCAUGGUCGACGUAUCAACACGCGCGAAUACCGUUAUCGAAAGCGCCUUGAAGACGAGCGCCACAAGCUCAUCGAAAAGGCGAUGAAAACGAUUCCUAACUACCACCCGCCCCAGGAUUAUCGUAGACCCACUAAGACCCAGGAGAAGGUCUAUGUGCCUGUGAACGACUAUCCAGAGAUUAACUUCAUUGGCUUACUCAUCGGCCCUCGUGGCAACACUCUGAAGAAGAUGGAAACCGAAUCGGGCGCCAAGAUCGCUAUCCGAGGAAAGGGAUCGGUCAAAGAGGGCAAGGGCCGUUCAGACGCUGCCCACUCUAGCAACCAGGAAGAAGAUCUGCACUGCCUCAUCAUGGCCGACACGGAAGACAAGGUCAACAAGGCCAAGAAGCUGAUCCACAACGUCAUUGAAACAGCGGCUUCCAUCCCUGAGGGUCAGAACGAGCUCAAGCGCAACCAGCUUCGAGAACUCGCAGCUCUGAACGGCACCCUACGUGAUGACGAGAAUCAAGCUUGCCAGAAUUGCGGGCAGAUUGGACACCGCAAGUACGAUUGCCCGGAAAGACAGAACUACACGGCGAGCAUUAUUUGCCGGGUCUGCGGCAAUGCAGGCCACAUGGCCAGGGACUGUCCGGACCGACAGCGCGGAGCCAGUUGGCGCAAUGAUGGACCCCCACGCACCGCCGGGCGCAUCGGUGGCGGCGAUGCUGUUGAUCGCGAGUAUGAGCAACUUAUGCAAGAACUCGGCGGCGGUUCAUCUAACGGUGGACCCCCUGCCCGUAUCGAGGCUGGGCCAGGCUCAGGCUCUCCUACCAGCGCUAGCAAUGACCAACGAAGCGACGCUAGACCCUGGCAGCGAGGACCGACUGGUGGCCCAGCACCGUGGCGUGUGCGUAACAACGACUCGAAUCAUGAAGGAGGAGGAGCAGGAGCAGGAGCAGGAGCAGGAGCAGGAGCAGCAGGAGGAGGAGGCUCCAGCGCGCCAUGGUCUCGCGAUAGAAAUCGCGGCAACGAUGAACACAGGGGAGGCGAUACCUACUAUGGCGGCGGUAGCACCGCUGCGGUCAGCCAGGCCCCACCUGCUGCUGCUCCCUGGCAUCAACCUCCGGGAAUGCAGAACGGCUAUGGCGGCUAUCCUGGCUUCUCCGGCUACGGCGGCGCCCCCCCUGGCCCCCCUGCCCCUCCUGGGAUGAACGGCCCCCCUCCUGGACUCCCCCCUCCGCCUGGCGCGCCUGGCCUUGGCGCUCCCCCAAGCAUGCCCGGAAGCGUCAAUGCACUUAUCCAGCAGUAUGCAGGAGGUGUUGGUGGUCCUCCGCCCCCGCCCCCUCCUCCAUCGGACAACGCCCCUCCCCCGCCUCCAAGCGACCAACCCCCUCCCCCUCCGCCACCAGGGGCAUGAACGAGCUUUGGCGCCUUCACGGCGUUCGGGGUUGCGUGACGUCCAAUUUUGGCUUCCAUACGGCUGACCUCGAGGAAUUUCGUCGACAAUAUCGGCGCUCUGAUACGUAGGAACCGAAUAAUUAUCCUCUUCGACUUCUAACGUGGGGAGACAUAGCUCUCGGCCCUGAACGGAACCAGGGGAGAGCUGGUAUGGGGACGGUGGUUCCCCCCCGGCAAACUGAUAACCUUGUUUUCUUUUUGUAUUCUUAGGUAGACUGACCAAAGCACUCUAACCCG